AUGGCCGACCUGCAUCGCAAAUUCGCGAGCCUUGGUUUUGACGACGCCACAGCGCAUGAUCAUAGUUUUGAGGCCCUUAAAAUUGAGUCCCAUGAAGCACCAGUAGCAGGCGAUGAUGGCGUUGACGAUCUUUCCGAUCGCCUCUCGCGUGUCGUUUGUGAGGCGACGACAGAGCAGCAGCAGCUCGACGCCAUCGCGUCGACUCUGUUCGCCGCCAACGCGAUGUGCUUCUGGCCCGACUCGGACGCGCACAGGCCGGGAAGGGCGUUCGGCUUCCGCGUCCUCCGCACCCUGCCGUCCACCGCGGAGUCGUUGGAGAUGCGCGGUGAGUUGGGGGGUGGUCGAGCAGCGGGCGGGCGAGCAGGGAGUGGGCAGUCGUGGGGGAAAUUUGGAGGCAAUGAGCGUGAGGGAGGGUGUUACGAAGCUGGGCUCUUCGGCAGCCAUGGCUCUCCUCCAUACGCUCGCGCCGCCCCCUGCCCACCCCCAUACGCCCUCCCCUCCUAUACCCUUCCCACCCACCCCCUUCCCCCUCAUCCCGUUUUCUCCCAUCACCUCCCUCCCAUGCACACCGCCCUUCCCCACCUGUAUACCACCCACUCCAUGCCAACAGGAGCAUUCUUCCUGAUGGAGCGCAGCAGCAGGCGAGCCCCCCCCACGGACUGGGAGAGCUUCGGCGUGGAGAAGACCUACACGGCAAGGAGCGUGACGGUGACUGUGCCGCCCCACGUGCUGCCGUGGCUCUCUGCCAGUGCAGCUGCCACACUACAGCACGGCUGUGUUGCCACCCACCUGGGCGUGCACUCCACUCGAACCAAGUCCCAAGGCACCCGCCCCCCCAGCUGGGUAUGCCAUGCCCGUUCCUCCUCGCUGUGCCCCUCCCUCGCUGUCGCCGCUAAAGAACCUAUUUGUUCCCCCUCCCUCAUCUACCAUAUCUCCCUUCCAUGCCUCCCUUACCCUUCCUUCGGUUGGAUGACCAACAAAGCUGUCAACCUCUCGUUCCCCCCUUCCGCCUUCUCUCGAACGCUACUCCGCCCAUCACAGAGGCCCCGCACGGAGCAGCAGCUGGGCGAGGAGCAGCCACAGCAGCUGCCCUCUCUCAAGGCGUGGGAGUAUUACCUCUGUGAGCUGCUCCCGCUCAGCCGCCGAUCCACGCUGCUGCAAACACCAUCAGAGCCAUGGCAGCAGCGCGUGACGGCGCAGCCAGAGCAGCACGCACAGCCCCAGCCACCAUCACCGUCCCCGCCCUCACUGCCGGCACACAAGAGCCCACAGUCAUCCGUGCACUUUCACCCACUCACUCUCGUCUACAUCGGCGAUUCAAAGCUGCCGCCACCCCACCGCCCUCCUGCUGCGCCUGCCACUGCACCCGCUCCCUCCUGUUCUGCUGCCGUUGCUCUAUCGCCCACUGCUGCAUCUGCUGACUCGGACACCACGUCCGCUCGUGCCUCGCCGUGCCAGCUGCCAUCACCCCCUUGUGGUAGCAACACCGCCGGCUCCUCCUCUCAGCUCUCUGCUUCACCCACAGUACCCUUCUCCCCGGCACCCCUCAUUGUGGAGGCGCUAUUGGCGCUGGGCAUGCCGGCAGGAGUGCGCACGCACAACGGCAGCACACCCAUGCACCGAGCAGCGUGGGGUGGGCAUGUGCCGUGCAUGCAAGUGCUGAAACGCUACGGUGCCGACAUCCUUGCUAAGACUGACUAUGAGUUAUCAUGCGCCGUGCAGCUACUGCAGAGCGGUAAACACCCAUUGUUGCCCCUCACUGCAUCCCUCCCCUCUCCUCCACUAUACCACUCUUCCCCUUGUUCCUCCCCUGCACUUCUCCUCCCCUGCACUUCUCCUCCCCUGCACUUCUCCUCCCCUGCACUUCUCCUCCCCUGCACUUCUCCUCCCCUGCACUUCUCCUCCCCUGCACUUCUCCUCCCCUGCACUUCUCCUCCCCUGCACUUCUCCUCCCCUGCACUUCUCCUCCCCUGCACUUCUCCUCCCCUGCACUUCUCCUCCCCUGCACUUCUCCUCCCCUGCACUUCUCCCCUGCACUUCUCCUCCCCUGCACUUCUCCUCCCCUGCACUUCUCCUCCCCUGCACUUCUCCUCCCUUGCACUUCUCCUCGCUUGCACCGCGCCUCCAGGGACUCCGCUGCACAAUGCAGCCAGGCAGCAGCAGUGGGAUGCAGUGGAGUGUUCAGCAGCUGCUCGUGGUCAUGAGCCGUUUCAACACGAGGCGGCACCACCAGCAGCAGCAGCAGCAGCAGCAGCAGCACCGCUACGAGUAACAGCAGCACGCAACGAUGAUGGCGGCGAAAGCCUUUUCCAGCGCCUGUCGCGCGAAGUUGAAGAGGCGGAGACAGAGGAGAAGCUGUAUGACGCCAUCGCGUCGUGCCUUUUCUUCGCCAACUCCACGUGCGAUUGGCCCGAAUCGGAUGCAGACGCGGACACGCCACGAAGAAAGUUCGGCUUCGACAUUGUCCGCGCCAGGCCGUCCGUCGAGGAGUCUCUCAGGAUGCGCGACGAGCAGCGGGCGCGCAGGCGCACGGGCGUGCAGCACGCUCACGGGAGUGAGGAAGAGAGCGAGGAGUGUGGAGCGGAUGGUAAGGCCGGCUGUCGUUUCGGCUGCUCCAUGCCAACGCGCGUUCUUUCUGCUGGAGCGGCGCAGCAGCGGGCGAGACAACGCCACGCACUGGAACAGCUUCAGCGGGCCCAGAAGCUACCCGCCCACCCGGGUCGCUGUGCCGCCCGCCUUCAGGACCCCCGACUUGAUGACGCGGCUGCCUCCCAACAGACGGCAGAAGGAUGGCUGGCCGUGCACCAUGCUGGGUACGGUCCAUGCUGGUCUCAAUCCCGCUGGCCAAGCGGCAGCAGCGCAAGCGGCAACAGCGCAAGUGACAUCUGGGCGAUCGCCACGCUGGAAGGUCCGCCUUCUCCUUCGUCCUCGCUGUGCCCUUUCCUCCUCGCCCAUGUCGCGCCUCUCGACUUGUUCCUCAUCGUGCACCUCUCCCGCACCUCUCCCGCACCUCUCCCGCACCUCUCUAUGUCCCCCAGGCGGCGCUCGACGGAUCAGCGCGCGGCCUGCCAGCCACCCUCUCUGAGCAUGUGGAAGUACUACCUCGCCAAUCCCCUCCCACUCUGCGCCCGCUCAUGGCGCACGUCACCAGCCCCACUUGCGUGGGAGCCACAGCCGCCCUCGCCUGCAGCAGCACAGCGUGUGGCAGCGCAGCCAGGGCCAUCAUCGUCAUCCCCGCCCUCGUCACCAGCAGGCUCGCCCACACAGUCACAGCCAGGCGAUUGCGACUUUCAGCCCCUCACUCUCGUCUACAUCGGUUAUUCAAAGCUGUCGCCAUCCCGCCGCCCUCCCGCGGCCGCUCCCACUGCAACCCCUCUUGCCCUUCCUGCUGCCGCUCCCGCUGCAACCCCUCUUGCCCCUCCUGCCGCCCCUCCCACUGCAACCCCUCCCUCCUGUUGUGCUUUUGUUGCAGCCGGUCCAUCCGUUGUCCUUGCCAAUACUCUUUCACUCACCUCGCCUGCUGCCGCCACACACAUUCAUGCCACCCAUGAUAGCACCGCCCCUGGCUACUCUUCACCCGUCUCCACGUCCCCCCACGGCACUGCACCCUUUUCCACCCCACUUCCCUUCCCUGCGCCUUCAUCUUCUACGCUCCCCACACCGCCACCCCAGUCUUCUGCUCCCCCCUCCGCUGCGAGCCCCUCGUCUCACCCCCACUCCUGGAGCCCCCCUACCUGGACCUCCUUUGACUAUUGCUCAGGCUCGCCCUCCCCAGGUGCCUGCCAGUGCCCAUGCCACCUUUACGCCAAGAGGCUUUUCAAGAAAGUUUUGUCUUUCGUGGCGGAAAGAGUGCGAGGAAAGGGGAUGGUGGGGGCGGAGGAGGCUAGGCAGGGUCAGACGAAUGCGAAUGCGAAUGUGCAUGGUUGGGCAAACGAAGGCAGGCGCCGUCUGUCAGAGAAGGAUGUGGAGGAUCUGAAUGACAUGCUGAAGAAGAUGCGUGUUGACGACAACUCGAAGCUGCAUUACAUUUUCGACGGGAAUGGGUGGACGCUUAUCCAUUCUGCUGCGCGCCAAGGGAACACACCUCUGCUGGAGGCGCUCCUGCUGCUGGGCAUGUCAGUGGGGGAGCUGAGCGAAGACACCCUCACCACGCCACUGCACCUGGCAGUGCUGUCAGAGCAUGUGGAGACCAUGGAGCUGCUGCUCAGUCAUGGCGCCGACAUCCAUGCUCGCACUAGAUACGGCUGGACUCCCCUGCACCAUGCAGCCUUCUGGGGAAAAUGGAACGGGGUGAGGUGGCUGGCGCAAAAGGGGACAGAUCUCGCCAAGUCGCCGAGGCCGAACAAGCUGUCUGAGGAUCGCAUGGAUCAGGCGGUGCGCAUUGUGCGAGAGGUGCAGGCGAGGAGGGGAGAGCAGGUGGGGAUGGGAGGGCACGGGGGGAUGGGAGGGCACGGGGGGAUGGGAGGGCACGGGGGGAUGGGAGGGCACGGGGGGAUGGGAGGGCACGGGGGGAUGGGAGGGCAAGAGUGCGAUGACGAUGUUAGUCUGGUGGAUACGUACAUUAAUCUUGACGCAUGGCUGGGAGUGACAGCAAUGGGGGUAACCUGA